UGACGGAGGGUUUCAGGUUAUUAGCCUUAGCUUCUAUCCCUUCUCCCCUUACAAGUUGCCAGUCUCGAAUCACCUGACAGCUCGCUUGUUCGUCCAUGUUGAUUCUGCAACGAGUAUGUGUUUUUAGUACUUAAAUACAUCUCUGUGUAAGUUCCGUUUCAUAUUUUAAGGAAAAGAAGAUAUCUUAAUCUUCGCCGUAGAUGCAUUCGAAAAUAUUUUUGGAGACCUAAUCCAUUAUAUCACCAGUCACAAAACGCGUUAACAUUGAAAGAAUUUGUAACAGUGGAAGACAGGCUGGUUGUCAGAUGCACGGGAGAAUUUAUAAUUAUCGAAAAUUAAAAGUGUGUGUGUUAACAAGUUAUAACUGCUUACAUUAAAAGUGAUAUUUCAUGAAAUAAACAUUUUUGAAGCUAUUGAGCUGCUACAGAACGUUCUAACGCAAGCGUAACUCAAAAUAAAGUUACUACAGCAUGAGGACCAAAGCGAUAGUAAACUCAAAAUCCAGCCUAUACAAAUCGUGUUUACGUCGUUCUGUUAUUUUACACUCGUUGAAAAGUAUACAGAAUGUAGUGAACUUUACAAGUGUGUGCAAAUGGAGUUAUGUGACGUUCUAGUUCACCGACGCACCGUUGCAGCAGGGGCGGCCCACAAAUGUCUGUUGGCAGUUUCCACCGCGUGACCCGACUUCCCGAUUCGCACAGACUAUAGGGUUGUUAUGAUAACUGGAGCUAGUUCAGGAUUGGGUGAAUCUCUUGCACAUUCAUUUUAUAAAUCUGGAUGUCGUGUUAUACUAGCAGCGAGGCGUCAAAAUGAACUCGAGCGAGUGAGGAGUGACUUGCUAGCUAUGCAUGUGACUGCACCAACACAUCCACCAGUGAUACUUACUUUGGAUUUGUCAGAUUUGAGCUCCUUGCCUGAUCAUAUUAAACAGGCACUGGAAAUAUUUGGCUGUAUAGAUAUUCUGGUACAUAAUGGUGGCAUAAGCAGUAGGGGUGACGUAUUAAGUACCGAAGUGGAUGUUGCUGUUAAGGUUAUGAUGGUCAACUAUUUUGGUCAGCUGGCUCUGACAAAAGCGUUGUUACCAUCCAUGAUAGAGCGACAGAGUGGCCAUAUUGUGGCAGUGAGCAGUGUUCAAGGCAGAAUUGCAAUACCUUACAGAUCUGCUUACACGGCUUCGAAGCAUGCCCUUCAGGCUUUCAGUGACUCACUACGAGCUGAAGUAGCAAGGUACAACAUCAAGGUGUCUGUAAUAAGUCCUGGGUACAUUGCAACGGCUUUGUCAAUCAAUUCUCUUUCAGGAAGUGGAGAAGCUCAUGGAGAAAUGGACAGUGAAAUUGCAAAUGGUUACAAACCUGAGUAUGUUGCAGACGAGAUAUUGUCUGCUGUUGUACAAGGAAAGAAGGAGGUGAUUAUCUCACCUAUUACACCUUGGCUUGCGAUUAUAAUACGAACAUUUGCUCCAUCACUUUAUUUCUGGAUCAUGGAAAGAAGGGCUGAGAACACUUCUCAUUAAGAAUUACCACUAUGAUGAAAGCUUAGUGUAACAAACUUCGUUGGCUGACAGAUUAUAUUCAUAAUAUUCAAAUGUUGUUAUAAUGAAGGGCAGUGACAGCAAAUUAAUAAUGUAUGAGCUGUUUGUACAAAGGCUAGUGCAUUUUUAUUUAAUAAGUGGUACAUAUGUAGGAUUUGAGGUUUUCACGGCGGUGAGUUUGAAUUUCGAUGUCUUCUGGGUUGUUGCACCGUGUAGUCUGGUAGAUGUCCACCAUCGUUUCAGAGGAAACGGCGGACAUCAACCAGACUACACGGCGCAACAACCCAGAAGACAGCGAACUUCAAGUGGUACAUAAUGUAAUAAUUUAAGAUGUACAGUUUGUACAAAGGUUAGUGCACUUUAGUUGGUAUAUAAUGUAUACAUAAUGGUAUUCAUAAAUGUGAAAAGAGUGUUGCAUCCUAGUAUUUUAAUGUAAAUAAGAAUUACAUUCACAUGAUUAUGUGAAUUAUCCUUUAUUGGUUGUGCAUCAAGGCUUGUAUACAGUCCAUCUGCAAUAGCGCAACAGUAAACAUUUUAAUCCUAUGUUAAAAUUGAGUCAGCAGCCACAUAUAGGAAUUUAAAUACCCUCUUCCCUUAUAAUAAAGAUUGUAUGUUUUUUGCACAGUGAUACUUGUUAUGGAUGCCAUGCUGUUAGGUACAUCUAGGAGCAAUUUCAUGUUUUAUUGCACUGUAAAUGUGAGUGGACCUCACAGAAAACACUGAGAUAACUGAACACACUGUUUUCUUUGUUCUUCUGUAAUGGUGUGUUUUGGAGGGGAGGUAAAGGUUCAAAAGGAUUAGAGGAAUUAAAAGUGAAUGAGGGGUGAAGGUAUGAAAGAAAUCAUUUUGUAUCAGGAUUUAUGCUAUAAUCAAGAUCAACAGUAGCAAAUAUAUUGUCUCCAUAUUUUUAUCAUGUAUUUUAUUACAGUAGAAAUAGUAUACAGCUAACUGCACUGUAUGGUCUUUUUUUGCACUGUGAAAUGUAAUGCUUAUGUUCCUAGGGCUUACUCUUGUACAAGAACAAGAGAGACAUCCAUGGUCUUCAUGAAUAGAAAAUGUUUAAAAUGAAAUAGUUUGCAUGAUUGUGCCAUCUCUUAAAUAUACAGGAUUUUUCAAAAUUAUUUAUUAUUAUUGUGGGUUAUAUUUAAUGUACCAGUUCAGUAACAACAAUCAAAUAGCUUGGUGUAUAUGAAGAAAUACUUUCAAGUUUUGUUUUCAUGUGUUCAGUAUUUGCGCCACAAGUUAAACGACAAGUGUCUAAACAAUACUGAAAUUCCUCCUGUGCACUGUAAUAUUGCUGUGUCAACUUGAGAAGCUACAUCUGAGACUUGGCCUUGAACCUCUGUCAAGGUCUGUGGCAUUGGUCUGUAGAUGCUCUCACUCAGCUAGGGUCAUAAACACUGUUUGAGCAUACCUAAGUACGGCUAUCACCCUGAAGAUGGAUGCAACAAGCACCUCUGAAUUGUUGGUAAACUUCUACUAUACUACAUUGUGCAACAACCCAGAAGACAGCCAUCUUCAAUUCUAUAUUAUCCAGCUAUAGCAAAGUAUGUAACAUGAAAUAUUCUCCAUAUGCCAGAACAUAUUUGUGAUGACUUUUAUAACAAUUACUAAAAACAACAGAAUUCUGAAAUAUACACAAAAUCCCUGUGAUGUGUGUGCACACACGCAUAGGCAUGUGUGAAUACUGUACAGAACCAGUCUCGUCUGUUCCUUUUUGCAUGUCUGGUUUGGUGUGAUGUUCUGUCAAUAUAGUUAGAAUCUCUGGGUAAAUAAGAAACUGCCUGAAGGCCAUAUGUUAGCUGUCCUAAAAAUGGGCAGCUUGCAUGGCCCUCUGUUCUACUUUCUAAGAUAUAUACAAUUACGGUAAUAACAUACUUUUAAAAUUUUUGAACAUUCUUUGAUUGCUUGUUUCUUUCUCUGUCUCAUUCAUAAUACACUAAUUAUAGCUUAUUACUCAUGUGUAAGGAAAUUUACAGAAUGACUUGAUUUUAAAGGGAUAAAUUUGUAUAACUUGCAGUAUGUAAAUCAGCGUAGCAAAUAUUUGUAAUGAAUGUUUGCUUUUACUGUAGUUAAAUAAUUGUAGAAGCUGGUUUGCUUUGAAAAUAUUUCAGAUUUUGAAUCAACAGUCAAUCUGAAAUUCAUCAGCCAGCAGACUUUGUUUACUCCUACUGUAAUAACAAAUUUUCACACAUCAAUAUUUAAUAUUGUAUACAGAAAUGUCAGAAUACAUAAUUUAUGAUCUACGACAGUUUUGUGUACAUAUUACGAGGAACAUAAUUUAUACUUUGUUUACAACAUAGUGAAGUAAGAGAGUAGGACUACACUGCAGAUGUAAUUUAGAAUAUUAAAACAAUAUUAUUUUAAUAUAGAAUGCUCUUGUAACCAUUCAAAUUAAGAAAUGGAUUAUAGUAUCUUGUGCAAAUGGAAGUUCACUAGCUUGAGCACAGAUAAAUAUCAUGCUACACA